CGUAGCCUCACGUGAUCCGUUGCGCACCUCACUACAGCGGCAGUUCCAGCGUUCGCUCGCUCCCACUAGGCGGUAGCUGCGCAGGUUGCCCUUUCGGCGAGCGGGCCGGGGGUGGCCCAGAAAAGUAGGAGGCGCCGGAGAAGCGGGUCUGCAGACUAAGAGUCGCGGCGGCGCGGCCGGCGGCGAGAAUCCGGAGGAGCAGGAGGAGACGGCAAGGAUAGGCCCAGGAGUAAUGGAGUCCAAAGAGAAACAAGUGUUAAAAAAUCUCAGCAAGGAAAACAACCAUCAGGAAAAUGAAGAAAAGGGUGAAAAGGAGCAAGAUGCUAAUAAAAGGGAGCCCUUGGCCCUCCCUUUGGAAGCUGGUGAAUACUUUGUGCCUAGAGGAAAUCGUAGGCGAUUCCGUGUUAGGCAGCCCAUCCUGCACUAUAGAUGGGACCUGAUGCACAGGCUUGGAGAGCCCCAGGCAAGGAUGAGAGAAGAGAAUAUGGAAAGGUUUGGGGAGGAGGUGAGACAGCUCAUGGAAAAGCUGAGGGAAAGGCAGUUGAGUCAUAGCCUGCGUGCAGUUAGCACUGACCCCCCUCACCAUGACCAUCAUGAUGAGUUUUGCCUUAUGCCCUGAAUCCUGAUGUUUUCCUUGAGGUUAACAGAGGAACCCCUGCUUCCUAAACUUACGUAUUUGUGAUGAAUUUGUUGUGAACCUUUUGAUGUUAUUUGUAUCUUGUGGGUCUCCUGGUACCAGCUUCUAGUUGAAUGUUGUGUGUUUGACCCAGUUUGUAAGUUUCUGUCAGCAGGGGACUUUUACAUAUUGCAUGGAAAGAUGCUCAUUAUUAUAUUGUGAAGUUAAUAAAGCAAUUUAAAAAAGCA